CGCGGCCGUUGUUGUGUCGCUAAAAUAUUUGAAUUUAUUGAAUCUGAAAAAAAUUUUAUAAGCUCAUUGAUUUUUUACUGCCGCUUUUUACUCGUCGAAAUUGUCGCCCAAAUCUCGAAUUUGUGUGCGCGUGGCACAGGCCAGGCGGCACACAGCUCACACACAACAUUUCCCGGAUUUUCAGGCGUUCCGUUCAGUCUCAGACGGGCGGUGCAAGUUCGAACCUUCGCGGAUUUUCCGUCCGGGUCAGGCCAUAGGCAGACUUCAGGCAGAUUCGUCGCGCUGGGUCAACCAGGCAGCCAAGGCAGAGUGCGCCUACGUGGAUGCUGCACUGUGCACCGGUCAGUUAUCUUUUCUUGAUAUUCGAGAUAAGACGAGAAAAAGUGUCCUGUGUCCGUAGAUCAGAGAUGUUAUCGCAGUACAGAAUUGGAAGUCAAUAACCGGCAGAUUUUCAAUUAAUUCAGCCCCUCCCCCCUCCUCCUCCUUCUUCUUCUGUAACACAAUCAAGUCUCCAAUAUAAAUUCUAAUUUAAGCAGAGGAGAACAUUUUUACAAGAGUAAUAAAAUGUUUUUAUAAAACUCUAAACAUGAAAUAAAAUCAAUUUCUUCAACAUUCACAACAAAAACAUUGAACACUGAUGAAAACAGCAAAGAUUAGAUUCAGGCACAUAAACAUACAAAAGGCGGAAGUAACUAAGUGAUUUGGCGGAGAAAACCCGUCAAGUGUCUGUAGUGGCGGAUUACUGGCGGAUAUUAAAGCAAUGGUUGUAUCGAUGGAGGAAAAUAUGCAUAGAAUACCAAGUUGGUAUAUGGAUUCAUCAGGAAGUUCCCUGUAUCCUGGUAAGAUGGGCGGGGAAGUGGGCGGAUCUGCUGCAUAUUUUCCCCCAACCCCAAUGCAAUCCCCAUACGGAUCUCAUGCUCGAAUGGCUGCCGAUGCUCAAAUGAUGAGUCAUUUCUACUCCCCCCUUCAUCAUAUGUAUGGGUCGCUUCAUCAUCCAACUAGAUAUCCAACUGAACAAAAAUAUCCAGACCAAAAAUAUCCAGCCGUAGAGCAAAAAUAUCCAUGCAGCCCUGACCCUAAGUAUCCUGAACCAAAGUAUCCUGGGGAAGAUGCAAAGUAUCCAGGGAUAGACACGAAGUAUCCAGGUACUGAGCAAAAGUAUCCGAUGGAAAAGUAUGGAUACUCGGACCAAGGGUAUCCGGUUAACGCGGAUAAGAACAAGUCUUCUCCUGAACCAUCCUCCCAACCUCAGUUCGAUGAUCGGGUAUACUUAAGUCCUCCGAGCCAGGAACCUCUAGAUGUUAAACCCCUGCAGGAGAAGAGAGAAAAGGAGAAGGAGUUUAAUGAGGAAUAUCCAGGAUAUUUUAUACAGCAUGUACUGCAAGAUGUAUAA